AUGCCUGCGGCUCCCACGCCGCCAGCCAACGCCAAUGCGAGCAAUCCUGAUCGCACUGCUAACCUGCUGAACCUUCUCAAGUUCAGUGGCUCAGGCGGCUCCCAGCUGCAGAGCCAGGCUACCCAAGCUCGCGCUCAUGGCCACAACCCGCAACAGCAGCAGCAGCAGCAGCCGGUCCAGCCAGUGCAGCAGCCUCAGGAAUUGCAGCAUCAGGAGCAUUCUCAGCAACGUCACCAGCAGAUGUCGCCUGACCCUCAGAUGCAUCAGUUUAAUCAGUUCCAGCAGCAUGCCCAGCAGGGUCGCGGAAUAAUCCAGAGCCCUUUGCCCGCUCAGAUUCACCAGCCCUCGCCUUCCUCCGCUGAUCCUACUGGCCUCUUGGCUGCUCUUAUGCGUGGCGCCCAUGAGCCUGAGGAGCAAAAGCAGCAGCAGCAGCAGGCCCACCCGCAGCAACCUUUUGGCAACGGCUCGCCUCCUGCUGACACUCGUUCCUACCUGCUGAACCUCCUCAACCGCCCCAAACCUAGCCAAGGUGACCACCAGCAUUCGGUUUUGAGCGAGGCUUCACGUUCGACGAACCUUACGCCUCAAUCUCCCGGAAAUGCUCCCGCUGAAACCGCCCGCUACUCGGGCGUUUUUCAGCAGCAGUACGGCCAGCACCAGCACUCGCACAGCGGCCAAUUUUCCAACCUCCAGCACCGCCAGUCCGAUUCCUACGCCGGCUCCCAUGCCCCUUCCAACGCUUCCGACUCUUACUAUCCCUCUCAGGACAACCAGGCUGAUGCAUCAGCUCUUUUCCAGCAGCUGCUGGGAAACCUUGCUCAGUCUUCUCCUCAGAGCCAGAGUCACGGUCACGCCGCGCAGUCGCCUAGUGCCCUGCCUUUCCAGAUUCUCAAAAAGGACUCGCCCGCUGCUUCGCAUCAUUCACACCACUCUCAUCACUCCCACCGUCCCGACCAUUCCGUCGGCGCUGGUAGUGAGCGAGCUGCUUUCCAAACGUCUCCUCACCAGAUCCGUCGCAAAGCAACCCGAACUGCGUCCAUUCAGUCUCACCAUUCCGUGAAGCAGGGCACACCCCCCGCUCCCGAAUUCGAGAACCAUAAUUCUGCGGCCAAGGCGACCGUUGCGGAGGCAGUUGAGGACAUUGCUGAGCAGGCUGAUCACGACGCCACUGAGGCACUUGAGCGCGCUGAGUACGAACGGGCCCAGGCUGAAAUUGCCCAGGGUCUGAACGAGAUGCGCAAGGCAAAGUCCGAGAAGGAAUUCGAAGACGGCGCUCAACAUGCCGCUCAGGCUAUUCAGGCUGAGCUCGACCGUAGCGACAACGAAGGUGUUCUCGAGGACGCUCUUUCAGCCGAGGUUGCCGAGACCGUUCGUGAGAUUGUUGACGAAGCUGCUCAGGGUGUUGCUGAUAGCUGGGAGAGCGCCGAUCAGGAUGAGAUUGUCGUGAUUGAAGAAAAGGAGACUCCUCCCGUCAAGGUCUUUAACUUCCCAAUGAAGCCGUGGAUUUCCAUUACGCUUCAGGAAGAGGGAACCGACCCGCGACCUCAGUUCCGCGACGAGACCAUCAUGGAUAUCGCUCGACUGAAGAAGGAAUUCGACCAGAUCGAUCGCAACCUGUAUACUGCCACGGAGAACUACAUGGCUUACGGUAUGUCCAAGCAGGGAGGUCUCCGUGUCAUUCGACAGGAGGAUGGUAAGGAUGCCAAGAUCUUUACCGAUACCAAGGACCGAAUCUUCAACGUCGCCAUGUCUGUCACCCCUACUGAUCACGAAGGCGCUCACCGCGAGGCCAUUAUCGGCACUGGCAUCAGCGGCACAGUCUAUUGGGUUCAGAUUCGCGAUGGCGAGAAGGAUCACAUCGAGGAUACCCAUAUGGAGCAGUACGGCUUUGCUCUGCCUCCCAUGAGCUCCCAGGAGGGUGACGCCCCUGGCGGUGUUCUCAAGACCCGCGCUCGCACCUCCACCAUUCACCCCGAGUACUUUGCCGUUGGUCGCGGCAAGUCCAUCAACCUCAUCUGGCCUUCUUACAUUUUGCAGAACAACUUGUUCAAGCCAGGCCAUGAUCGUGUUGUCGACACAGAAACUCUUGCCAAACAAUGCUCUUUGAAGAUCAACACUGGUAAGGCCGGCAAGGACUUCACCUUCAGUCAGGACGACUCUGUCAUCGUCUCUCUUGAUAAGUCUGGUCGGGUCAAGUUCUGGGAUGUUCGAGACCUGACCGCUGUCAAAGAGGGUUGUGAUCCACGUGCUCCAAUUCCUGCACAGACCUCGCUCGAGGUUAAGGAGCCUUUGAUGACACUUGCCACUACUCCUGAGGGCGAAAAGGCCUGGCCUACUUCGGUCCUGCUUCUCGACAAGCAGCGACCCUACCAGAAGCGAUGCGCUCUCCGAUACAUGAUUGUCGGAAUGAAGCAGAACCACACUCUGCAGCUUUGGGAUCUUGCUCUUGGCAAACCCGUGCAGGAGUUCAACCUACCUCACAGCAAGGAGUCGGACGCCGUCUGCAGUGUCAUGUACCACUCCGCCACUGGCAUGAUUGUCAUUGGCCAUCCCACACGAAACUCGAUCUACUUUGCGCACUUGUCGGCACCUAAGUAUAACCUCAAGAGUGUUUCCCAGGCCGAGUACAUCCAGCGACUUGUCGCUCAGGACUCCUCCAUUCCCCAGCCGGAUAGUACCGCUGUCAUUAGUGGUGUGCGAGAGUACUCGUUCGCCAACCGGGGUAUCCUGCGAAGUCUCGACAUUCUUGGCACACCUGCCAUGGUCCAAGAUGCCGACGAACCCACCCUCUUUGAGUUGUAUGCCAUGCACUCCAAGGGUGUUGCUUGCCUGCUUGUCAAGCAGACCGAGCUCGGAUGGUCCAAGGACAACAAGGUCCUCGACGCGGUUGACGCUGUCGCUCAGAAUGUCGUCAUUGUCUCGAAGCUCAAGGCUCCCCAGCCUGCCGAGACCCCAACUCCUGCCAGCAACGGAGAACCCGCUGUCCGUAUCGUCAACCGCGGAUCCAACAAGGAGAACGUACAGGCCACCCCUGGAUCGCAGACAGAGUCUGUUCAGCGUGGACCCGAACCGGCUGUCCCAGCCAAGGCAAAGACUGAGCCGAAGGAGGCUGAAACGCCCAUCCAGUCCGCCAAGGAGUCCCAGUCUGAGAAGCCGGAGAGAAAGUCACGAAAGAAGAAGAAUGCGGCGAACCAGGGUGAUGUUGCCACCAACGGCGCUACACCUCGUGCCGGCAAUAAGGAUGCCAAGGGCGCAAACAACACUACUGCGCCUUCUGUCUCUUCUGAGGCACUGGAUGCUGCCAUCUCUGGACUCGAGUCUCGUCUGAAUGUGAGCGUUGGCGAGACGCUCAAAUCAUCUUUCAAGAACCUCCAUGGCAAGAUUGAUGACGAUAUCCGUGUUCGGGACGAGAAUUUCAACCAGCACCAACUUAAGCUCCUUGAUAUGGUUUCGGAGGUGCUGAAUGAAAACACUCAAAAGGUCCUAGAGGCUCUCAUCCAUCACCAAUUCACCGAACUCGUCAUCCCCGCCAUUGGCGACAAGGCGGGUGCCGCUGUCAGCGAUCUUCUCGACAACAAGCUGCAACCCCACCUUGCCUCUUGUGUGCAAAAGGAGAUUCAGAGUUCCCUUCCCCAUGCGCUCAACAGGUCCCUGCGCUCUGGCGAUUUUGUCAAGUCCAUCUCGGAACGAGUUGGUAACACUGUCACCACAAGCGUCCAGCAGGAAGUUGUCACAAUACUGACUCAGCGACUCACUCCUACUUUCACUAACAUUGCAACUCAGGCGUCGCAGCGUGUUGCCGGCGAGCUGCACCAGCAAUACCAUGACCAGUUUGAGUACAUGAAGUCCCAGCAUGCCGCCGACAGUGCCAAGAUCGACCAGCUGACGUCUCACGUCACCCAUCUCUCCGGGAUUGUUGAGACCAUGGCCGCGUCUCAGGCGGCUCUUCACGCGGAAUUCCUCAAGUUCAAGCAACAACCUGUCCAUGAGCUUUCUGGAAUCCCUCAGACUGCUGGCCACGGUCAACCUGUCCCACAUCACGGAUAUGCCACCUCCAGCCAACACCACCCUCAAGCCAGCCUCACCGGCAGCUACCACCCGAGUCAGGCCGCUAGCCAAGCUCAACAGUUCGUUGGCAGCCCCCAAUACGCUCGUGGUUCUCAGCAUGUGAACAGCCCUCAAGCGUCCCAACAGACUUCAGACUACGUCGCUCCUACUGCGAGUGUUGGUGCCCUUGCUGGUGCCUACGCUAGCCAGCGUAACCAGACUGAGCCUGAAGCAGACCACGACUUGAUGCAGCGCAUCAGGAUUGUUGAGCAGGCUAUCCAGGAGGGCCGUUACCAGGAUGCCAUGAUCCAGUGGAUUCAGAGUGGUCGCGAGGAGGAGAUUUUCCGCCGCUGCCUCAGCCGCUUCCCUCCCAAGAAGUUUGAGAACAUGCCUCUCCUGAUUCUACUUGUUGUGAUUGCCACUAUCUCCAAGAACCUGAAGCCAAACGCUCGUCUCAAGGAGGAAGUUGAAUGGAUCGAAAUGGCCCUGAACGCGUUUGCGGAGAGCCUCCCCAACUUUGUAAGUUCAAGUUUACCUACUUACAUGGGCGUAACUAAUUCAUUGCAGGAAUGGGACCAAUCCGGCGCUCGUGAUAUAAUCAAGAGCACGACUUCGGCCAUGCAGCUCCUUAUUGGACGCAUUCAGCCUCUUAUUGGUGGCAUCCAAGACGGUUUCCCUACUGAUCCCUUCCUCGCCAACCUCGAGAGAGCCAAGCUUGACUGGAUUGUGCGAACAUCAGAACGUGUGCUUGACAUUUGUGGUGCCCCGAGACGCUACGAGUAA